AUGUACUUAAUAAAUCUUCUCACCACGAUUGUCCCCGUACUAUUAGCUGUAGCAUUCCUAACUUUAGUUGAACGAAAAAUCUUAGGUUAUAUACAAUUACGCAAAGGACCAAACGUCGUAGGCCCCUAUGGCCUUCUUCAACCUAUCGCAGAUGCCGUAAAACUAUUUAUUAAAGAACCUUUACGACCGCUAACAUCAUCCAUUACCAUAUUUAUUAUUGCCCCAAUCUUAGCCCUAACCCUAGCCCUAACUAUGUGAGCUCCCCUGCCUAUACCACACCCACUAAUCAACAUAAAUCUCAGCAUUCUAUUUAUACUCGCUAUAUCAAGCUUAGCUGUCUACUCUAUCCUCUGAUCUGGCUGAGCUUCUAAUUCUAAAUAUGCCCUAAUUGGAGCCCUACGGGCUGUAGCCCAAACAAUCUCUUACGAAGUAACCCUAGCAAUUAUUCUCCUAUCUGUACUACUAAUAAGUGGUUCAUAUUCCCUAUCCACCUUAAUUACAACUCAAGAAUAUAUAUGACUAAUUUACCCCUCAUGACCUCUCACAAUAAUAUGAUUCAUCUCAACCCUAGCAGAAACUAACCGAGCCCCCUUUGACCUCACAGAAGGUGAAUCAGAACUAGUUUCUGGCUUCAACGUAGAAUAUGCAGGAGGACCCUUCGCCCUGUUUUUUCUAGCGGAAUACGCCAACAUCAUCAUAAUAAAUGCCCUAACAACAACCCUAUUCCUAGGAGCCUACCACAACCCAAUCUUUCCCGAAUUAUAUACAAUUAACUUCGCAAUCAAGACACUCUUACUUACAACAACAUUUCUAUGAAUUCGCGCAUCCUAUCCACGCUUCCGAUACGAUCAAUUAAUACACAUUUUAUGAAAGAACUUUCUACCUCUAACACUAGCCCUCUGCAUAUGAUACGUAACUAUACCUAUCAUAACAGCUGGAAUUCCACCACAAACAUA